UUUCCUUGGCUUGGUUUGCCUACCGUUAGGAGAAAUGGUCCGACACAACAACGUCGUGCCGAACAACCACUUCAAGAAGAAGUGGCAGUUCUAUGUGCGGACGUGGUUUAACCAGGCCGCCCGGAAGCUGCGCCGCCGCAGCGCGCGCGCUGAGAAGGCCAAGCAGGUCUUCCCCCGGCCGUCAGCGGGUCUCCUGCGGCCGGUUGUGCGCGGCCAGACGCUCAAGUACAACUCCAAGCAGCGUCUGGGCAAGGGCUUCACGCUCGAUGAGCUGAAGGAAGCGGGCAUUGCUGUGAAGAUGGCGGCGAGCCUGGGCAUUUCCGUGGACCACCGUCGCCGCAACAAGUCCCUGGAGAGCCUGCAGGAGAACGUCCAGCGCCUGAAGGCGUACAGGAGCAACCUGGUCGUGUUCCCGCGGAACGUCAAGAAGCCGAAGGCUUUCGAGACCCCGGCGGCUGAGGCCAAGCUGGUUGGCCAGGUCAGCGGCACCGUCAUGCCGCUGGCUCGCAGCCAGCCGGCGCUGGAGACCGUGAAGGUCACCAGCGAGAUGAAGGCCACCGCCGGCAAGGAGCUCAGCGAGAUUAAGGCGACGGCAUACGGCAAGCUGCGCCUGGAGCGCAUGAACGUGCGCCAGGUGGGCCCCCGCGCCAAGAAGGCCAAGGAGGCUAAGGAGGAGACCGCCUAAGUCUGACGGGGCGUUCACCGUUUUGCUCACUUGUAACGUACCCUGGUCG